AUGACGCUGCACUUCAUGCCGCGUGGCUACGGGCAUCGCAUGGUCACCAUGGUCCAAACGCGAUACCUACUGCAGUCGAGCAUUCUGCCGGAGAUGCGUUCGGAUCUGGAGAAGGAUGCGCUGAGCCGGGAGUGGCAGGACACUCUGCCGGUGGAGGUGAAGCCCUUGACCGGGCGCUCCAUCUGCUCCUUCGAGUUGCCCACUGCGGCUGGGCUGCUGGAUGGGGGCGUCUAUGUCUUCCAGGUGCGCGUGGGCAAUGGCAAGAGCUGGUCUGAGUGGUCGCACACCUCGAAGGCCUUCCUUUUCCAGGUGCCUCCUCCGGCGCCGCCCACGGCGGCCUCUCUCAAGGCCCAGCGAACGGUGAACGUGGAGGUGAUUUCCGCCACAGCGGCGCGAGUGGUGUGGGGGGACUUCAAGCCUGCGCCGGGGCUUGCAAUGUUGGAGUACGAGGUCCGCGCCACACCAGAGAAGGGCGCCGCCGGCUCCAAGGCCUUUCCCCCGCACUGGGUGACCUUCGAGCACCGUUAUAGAGGUGGUUUCAUCGAGCAUGAGCUCUUCAACCUGCUUCCCUUCACAUACUACAGCUUCUCCGUGCAGGCGCGCUACCCCAAGGUGGGCACUCGUGCGUGGGCCGGGCAGCAGCUGUCGGAGCCGGUAAUCCUGGAGCGUACCGUGGCGUACCAGGACCCCCCCACGCCGCUGCCGGUGCCGGGGCCGGCAGAGGACGCGCCGGAGAUGUCGUGCUAUGCGGUGCUUGAGUUCCCUUGUGAGGAGGAGGACAUGCAGUACGACUUGGAGUAUGCCCACGUGCUGGGCGACGAGCUAGAUACCUCAGAGCUCCGGGCGGUGAACGGGCUCUGGCGAUGCCCCACCGACGUGUCCAACCAGGGAGUCCUUUACUUGGAUCGCCUCUUCUAG